CUCAAUGCAAUCCACUUUCAAUAGAAAUUCUGAAGGUUGGAUCAAUUGCCACCUUGGCACCAUUGAUUGAUGAUUGUUUCCUGAAACCCAACUGUGAAGAAAUGUCCCUUGCUUCAAUUAUGCGCAAAAAUAUACCAAGAGAGGAGCCAGAAAAGAAGAAAUUAGAUCACAAAAUUGAUAUUAUUUUUCGUAUAGUUGAUAUAGA